AGCUGAAAAGAAAUAGAAAGCUGUGAAACGUGAUCGGUUGCGUCGGACGAAUGCGGUUAAUGGGUAAGUCCCCAUAAAAGGCGUCCCUUACACAAUUACACAAGUUCUUACACAAUUACAUGCCUCCGCCAAGCGACCUUUGUCUGCAGGUAAUACCGCUCUAAAAUACCGAGCAGCGACAACAAAAAGUAGAAAAUACCGCCAUCGCCAUAGCGCAGAUGCAACGACGAAGAAGCUGCAAGCACGCCCGCGCGCGCCACGCCUCCCUCGAGCAAGAAGACGAACAGCUACCGAACGAGAUCGGGACGAUUUUGUACUCUGCUUUUCAACAGCAAGGAUUUUCAACAGCCCUUGUUCCUCAUCGCCGCCAUGCGUUCCAGCUCUGCACGGAAAUCAAGCUCUAAGAAAAAGAAAGUUCCGUCGGCCAAGUCCACACGACCGAAAGAAGGCGGCGGACGAAGCAGUGCAGAAACGAGGGCCAUGCCAGGAGCGGCGACGUCGCAGCAAACCCUGCAGGCGAGUGCGUGUAGUCAGCAGCCGCCAGACCAGCAUAAGCACACCCCUUCAACGGCACCGCAGCCACAGUAUGCGUCACCAAGUGGUCCAUUGACGCCAGAUUGGUUCACCGACGAGCGCUGGGCAACCCUGCUAGGGCUAAAAUCAGACCGCCGACGGCCAUCGAACUUGCGUCCCGACAGGCCACCAUCAACGGCACAGCAGCCACCGGCAACCACCGUCCAGCGGCCACCGUCCAGUCUCCGCGACGGCGAGCCGAGGAUAUUGAAGUCGACGGCAGCUGAUGUCCAGCCGUCGCUGGCUCUGCUUCCCUACACUCCGUCAACAAGAAAGCUGGUAGCUGAAGAGGGAGCUACGGCGGAUGAAGCAGCAUCGCUCAGGCCACCUGACGCACAGCUGACGGCAGAUCGGCACACGUCGGCGGCGCCCGGUAAACAGCCACCAGUUCGUCGCCUUGGCAGCCAACAGGCGGUCGCGGAUGCUGCGACUCCGGCCCCUCAGCCAUCGGCGGAGACCACGUCGCGCAGCCGAUAUGGCACGGACGCGGAAUUUGCCCGGGCUGCGACUCUGGCUGUUCGGCCAUCGACGCCAAGUGGGCUUCCUGAAAUCACGUUUUCCGGACCAGACGGGAAAGCCUCAGAAAUUGCCCGGGCCGUGUCUUCAGGCUCUCAGACAUCGCUGACAGCUAGUCCUCCGCAGUCUACGUCGAUGAGUCGAGAACGCACAGACGCAGAAAUCGAUAGGGUCGUCAGCCCACUCACUCCACCAUCGGCGCCAUCUAGCAUUCCAGAGACCACGCCUCGAAGCCCGCAAGGCACUGACGACGUGGAAGCUAUCAGGGUUACGACUCCAGCAGCUCAGCCAUCGGCGCCGGAGAGCCUUCCGAGGACCACGUCGCGAAGCCCGGAAGGCACUGCCACAACGCCAGCUGCUCCAGCAUCGGUGCAAGCUAGCACCCCGGAGACCACAAUGCGAAGCCCGCAGGAUAGCGAGGCAGAAGGCGUCCGAGAGAGGCCAGAGGCAGAGGAUGACAGCGCGGUAAGCCAGCGAUGUUCAGGGCCGUUGACGAACAGAUCCAGAAGCACGCCGUCGGUGGUCCGAAUCCUCGAAGACGGGGUGAUAUCCGGAUCGCACCGCAGUGACAGCGCAAGUGCCACGGCCACGGUGGACACCGGCCAGGGCACCAGUACGCAAUGCCCAGCCACGCCACUUGGCGAGCACAAGCGGGGGCGAAAAGCCGAUACGGGUGUCCCCUCGCUGAGCCCCUCCCUUCGCUUCUACGGCGCCGUGCUAGAUGCGACCACGGAUAGCGUGGUCUCGAUGGCGGGCAGCACGGGAGAGCUCUCCUGGGCGACUGAGGCCAAAGCGCGAGGCUUGCUGUUCACCCUUCUGCACUGCCUGACGACGGCCCUGCUCAACAUCCUCAUCAAGCAGGUGGUGCACAUUCCCAAGGCGAAGAUAGCCUACUACGUGGCCUUCGGAUACAUGCUGGGCAGCAUGCCCGAGGCGUUCGCUCUGAAAAAUCCAUUUGCACCAAGGCACGUCCAGGUGGACCUUGUCCUCCGAGGGGUGUGCAGCCUGACGUCGCUGAUGCUGAAGGCGGAGGCUCUGCGCUACGUGGUUGUGAGCGACCUGGCCGUCGCGUACACCAUGGUGCCCGUGUGCGUGACGCUGCUCUCGUGGUACUUUAUGAACGAGAGCAUGGGUCUGACCAUGUGGCUCUCGAUAUCGCUGUGUCUCUCCGGCAUCGUGGUCGUCAUGCGGCCCGCCAUCUUCUUCAAGGAGUGGGACGAAGAAACCACGCAGACUCGCCUCAUCGGAUUCUUGUACGCCUUCGGCAGCGCCAUCACGCUGGUCAUGCUGAUGGUCUUGUAUCGCCUCUCGAGGAACGCCACUAGCAAGUUCGUGAACUUCAACAGCGGCCUGACCCGCACCAUCAUGUCGCUGCUCAUGGCGAUGGCAACGGGUACGUUAGACGAGCUGAUGGAUGGCCGCUACUUGGGCACGCUGGUGAUGAUGAGCAAGCUGGGAUUCUGCGCCAUCUUCUUCCUCAACAAGGCGCUACAGAUCGAAUCGGGCGCCUUCGUCGCCACCGUCAAGUUCAGCGCCGACGUCAUCAUGUCGGUUAUCCUGCAGAUCGCCUUCCUCGACCUCUACCCGGACGUCUGGAGCAUGGGCGGCAUCGUGCUUGUCGUCCUUUCGUUCCUGGUGACCAUCUGCGGAAGCACCGUGAAGCCCGCCUGGAAAAACCGGCGACGACGCAAGUCGAUCCAGAAGCGGCGCCGGUCUCUGAAGGCUGCAGAAGAACAAGACAUCGCGGCCAUGGCCGCCGCCGCAGCAGCAGAAGCAGCAGCCGCUGCGGCUACCUCUGGGACAGCCUCCUCAGACGCAGGCGCCCGCUAGCGCUGCCAUCAGCGCCGCUACUUCCGUUCGAACGGCACCGAAGCGGCGCUUUGUACUCACUAAAAGCGUGUGCAGGCACUGCUAGACACGACCACAGCCGCCUGGGCUGCGUGCCUGAUUAUCGAGUUGUGUGUUGUAUACGUAAUUGUAUAAACGCUUUACGUUUGCCUCCGCUUCAGAUGUACGAGGAACAUCUAAAGAUACGUGAUUUGCGCCGCCAUUUAUCGCACCAUUGAGAUUCUGUACAAAAGGCGUCGAGACAUUAAGCGUCCCCACGCGGCGCCGGUGCCUAAAACCCCAUGCCAUUAAACACUGACGGAACAACAUAUAUACACCCUUUAUGCGCGCCGACCUUGGAGUGAGCUCGACAGCAGGAAGAGCUGUCGAGGCCUGCCACUGCGAAGACUGGGAAGCAUUAGGGGUCACAAAGCCUGGCAAAGGUGUCCCAAUGACUGGGUCCAAAGGGACGUACUGCUGGUAUUCUUCGGCGGCUCGAGAACUGUGCUACAGCUAUAUUUGAAAGUUCAAUUAAGACAUUCUUUCUUGAAUUAAAACUACGGCCGCACGUAUAUAUUGUGCCUGGACACAAUGCCGGCAUGGGUAUGAGAUAAGAAGUAUAUGCGAAAAAUGCUGCGAGCUCUUAGUGUGCAUCCUAAUAUUACA